GUUAGUUGGGCGACGAGAGUCAAGGAGAGAGGAGGAGGAGGAGGAGGAGGCAAGGUUGAAGCACAACCUGCGCUUGCAAUGAGCUGACUUCCUUGAGCUGUGAUCUUAUCUGGAAGAGGAGGGUCUUUGCCCUCGAGAGGGGAAGGGUUAUAGCCCCGAGAGCAGUGCCGUUUCCUGACGUGGGCUCAAGGAGAGUCAGAGGAAGCAUUGGUGAUGCCACUCACGGUUCAAGAGCUUGACGCAGAGAUUGCAUCCUCUCCUCGGCUGUAUGCAGCUGCUUUCAAAUCAAACAUAGAUAGGUUCAAAGAUGUCGGCGCACAGAAUGAGAGUCGAAAUCUGUUCUAUAACGUGAAGGUGGGGGAGCUGUCCAAUGACGUCCAGACCUCGCCGCGGAAGUAUGCAUCGACUUUCCGGAAGCCCAGCGUGAAGUCCUCUGCGAUCGAACCAACUAGUGAUCUCGUGUACGACAUAGACCACCUCAACAAGUCAACGAUAGCUAAGAGGGUCCAGGAUGAUCACCGGAACUACUCCUUCAACUUUACAGAGCCGAGGUUUCCGGCACGAAACUCAUCUCUACCUGAGGCAACCUAUGAAGUCAAUACCAUGAAUAAGAUAGAUCUCGUCAAGGCAGUACAAUCGUCUCCGCAAAAGUACAGCAUCAUGAAGUCCAAGACUCCCAGAGCGGAGGUUGAGACAGAGGUGCACGGAGACUAUGAUUCAAAGCUCCACGAUCUGUCAUACCGCCUGCACAAGUCACCAAGGCGGUAUGCGAUCAUGAAUUCAUCCUCUCCUCGUAUUCAUGAACCGCAUCAUGCUGUCCCUGAUGCGAUAUACAAGCUUGACGUCCUGAAUAAGACAACCAUUGCAACGAGCGCGCAAGAGAAAUCAGGUUGCAAGAGCUCAUUCCUAGCUACGGGGCGAAAAGAGUCCAAGACUUCGUAUGCGGCAUCGGACAGGUUCUACGACGUGGACAGCGGGAACAAGAAAUCGAUCUGGAAGGCGACGCAGACUUCGGGGAAUCCGUUCUUUGCUAUCGCCAAACCCUUCAAAUUCGACACGAUCAGGGACGAGAACACUCCAAGAAGUCAUUACGAUCUCGAGAACUGCCCUAUCAAACCUACAGUGGCUUGCAGCAUCUUGACCUCUCCCAGGAGAUACUCGAACCUCAACAGCAGCACUCCUCGCUUCUCUGCCGCCAAGCCCCAGCCAAACAUACAGGCUUUCUACAAUCUAGAAAACUGUCCUAGGGGGGAAGGAAGCAUCGCCAAGCGCGUGCAGGAGUCUCCAAGGAGAUACUUUGGAGCGCAGAGCAUGCAGAGCAGAAGUAUGGAGAAGAAUGAAGAAGGAAAGGGGCUUACAGAGUACAACCCGGAAUACGGCAAGUACAAGUCGCUGUCAAGAUGCAUCGAGGACUCUCCUUCGAUGAUAAGUUCGAUGCGAUCGUCGAUCCCGCGGUUCAAAGUGGAGAAGAAGAUUGUGAUCUCUGACGACUAUGAGAAACUUUUGAGGAAUCCUGAUCAAAUCGACCUCAAGUUCCAGAUCCAAGGCAACCUUGUCAUCAAGAAACUUUCCGACACGCAGCAGAUGAUAGUAGGUCGUCAGGCCCCCGCUUCUCUACCAUCAUGACCGUACAGCUUCCUUUCUGGCUGAGUCCGCCCCUUUUCUCUGCUGGGCCCCGGCUGUUAAACCCCCACCUUUCCCUUAAGUAGUUGGGUCCGGUAUACUGUCUGUUUCUUUCCAUUUUCCUCUUGAUAAACUGAGGCUUUGAGUAAAGAGGAGAAGACUCGCC